AUGUGGAACAGAGAUCGGGAGGAGGAACCGGAUUUUCGACUCCCAGAGGUCCCAAAAUCUAGAGAAGAAUUUGAAGAUCGCCCAGAGGUGCCUGUUCAAAGAUCCCGAGGAGUUCCGCACAUUUUGAAGAAGCCUAGAGCCUUGACAGCAAGCUCGUCUAGAAACUUGAAAACCAAACUGACAAAAGAAACAUCGGGGCUUCUCCAAGGCCAACCACUGCUCCCAAGUUACCGAAGACGAUCUAAAGUCCCUCCCAACUACUCAGCAGCCAUUCCAUACCCUCCAAAGUGGCUCAAGAACUUGAACCAUCUACCAGGAGCUUCCUCUUGUCUUCAACCAUCCCAAUCGGUUGUCAAGAAGAGUAAUGAGCUAUCACGAACUAUCAGCACAUGUGCUGGAGACCGAUUUGGCCAGUCUAUGGAUUAUAGAGCACAGGAAGCACACCAGGAACCAUUUCAGAUGGCUAGAAGCCAGAAAGCCAGCCAGCAGGCCAAAUUUGCUCAUAGACAGAAACAGCCAUCAGGAAGCAUUCCAGGAAGCGAGAUGAUCUAUCAGUCUUCCAUCCAACCUAGAUCAUCUGCGCCAACCCACCGGGACCAUCCAAUUGAGACAUGUCCACCUCGGAGCCCGGUAAAAAUUACCCGGUCAAAGGUUCGAGCCCAGCCAAGAGCUCCAUUCACUUCUAAAAUUGCUCAAUUCCCGGGAAUGCACUGCGAGUCAGCGGCGACAAUGACAAUUGUUCAGAAGGCAAUGAGCGUCUGCAAUCCAUCCAACUUGGCACAGUGUAAACAAAAAUCGUUACAUGGCUGCGAGAUAUCUCAAAGUCUAGAUAAAUCUAUGAGAAAUUUGAAUUUUGCGCCAAAUCAACAUCUUGGAAUUUACUGGGGAUCAUCAGCUGCCAUAGUUGAGCAGUCUCAAAGCGAAACUAGACAGAACGAAGGACCCAGGUGCCAGAAUCUGGGUCAGCAGCUCCACAACCAACCCGGAGUAUCUAGCAACCAACAUAGGCAAGGACAAGCCUCCAGAUGCCAGAAACCCGUUCAGCAGCUCUACAGUGAUCCCGGACUAUCUAGCACCUCUUAUUUCCCUGUCGUUUCAAGUUAUCAUCAGAAUUCCUACCACCACCAGCAGCAGCACAUCCAAAAUUUAUCCGGAUCGUCUGGAAGCUAUCAGGAUCUAUACCGCCCGGUUCGAGCCAUCCCAUUCGAUCCUUAUCACCGAAUCCAUUCUGCGACCGGAUCCGUCUCUUCUUCAUCGGAUGAGUUCCAGGAUUACGGUAUUGAGGAUCCAACAACAAAUAUCGAAGACCAUGGCUCUAGGAAGCGUGUCUUCUCGAGAGGGACGUCUUCAUUGUCGAUGGCAUCAUCUACGUCUCAGUCACCUCCGAAGAAGCCGAAGCGCAUCCGUCAUAGGAGAAAGGCAAAGGUCGAGGAGUCGUCAGUGGAACUGCAGCCAAUGAGGUUUGAAAAUGGGAUCAACUUUGAAUCAAUGAAGCAUUGGCUGGAGGAAAACGUGAAGCCAGCGGUUCUGGAAUCUGAAAUCAGGAAAAGAGACAUGGCCAGAAAAUUUACAAAAUAA